AUGGGGAAGCUGACGUUGGGGCACCGCGGCGAGGCGUCGGAGCCGGACUUCUUGCGGGGCGUCCUCGGCGAGCUCGUCCUCACCUUCCUCUUCGUCUUCAUCGGCGUCGGAGCCGCCAUGACCGCCCACGGAGGGAUGACGAAGGGUAGCAAUGCCGGAGGCGACCUGACGGCGGUGGCGCUGGGACAGGCGCUGGUGGUGUCAGUGAUCGCGACGGCGGGGUUCCACAUCUCCGGCGGCCACGUCAACCCGGCCGUGACGCUGUCGCUGGCCGUCGGCGGCCACAUCACGCUGUUUCGUUCCUCCCUGUACAUCGCCGCCCAGAUGCUGGGCUCCUCCGCGGCCUGUUUCCUGCUGAGGUGGCUCACCGGCGGCCUGGCCACGCCGGUGCACGCGCUGGCGGAGGGCGUGGGCCCGCUGCAGGGCGUGGUGGCGGAGACCGUCUUCACCUUCAGCCUGCUCUUCGUCAUCUACGCCACCAUCCUGGACCCGCGGAAGCUGCUCCCGGGCGCCGGCCCGCUGCUCACCGGCCUCCUCGUCGGCGCCAACUCCAUUGCCGGCGCCGUCCUGUCCGGCGCGUCCAUGAACCCGGCGAGGUCGUUCGGGCCCGCCGUCGCCACGGGCGUCUGGACGCACCACUGGGUGUACUGGGUCGGCCCGCUCGCCGGAGGGCCGCUCGCCGUGCUCGUCUACGAGUGCUGCUUCAUGGCGGCCGCUCGCACGCACGAGCUGCUGCCCCAGGACGACCCAUGA